AUGGCGCUGCGGGACGAGCACGAUUUCUUAAGCGAGAACGAGCGCCAGUUUCUGGCCAGCUGCCUGCGUCGGCCGCCGCAUAUACGAGCUGAUGGUCGAGAGCUGCUGCAGCAACGUAAGAUUCGGCUGCAGUUCCGUCGCAGCGAGAGUGCGAGCCAAGCCGAAGUUCAGCUCGGUCGGACUCGCGUUAUCGGCAAUGUACAUGGCGAGAUCGUGCCGCCCUUUCCAGACCGCCCGACCGAAGGCUUUCUUCAUUUCUCCGUAGAAUUGUCGCCAAUGGCGUCGCCCAGUUUUGAGGCCUCGGUAUCGGCGGGUCGUGGUGCUGCUUCUUCAGUCGCAGCUGCAGAGCUGGCGCGGCUUGUUGAACGCAGCGUUCGCGAAAGCCGCGCCCUUGAUACGGAAGCGCUUGCUGUGGUGGCGGGCAAAAAAGUUUGGGCCAUUACUUGCCACGUGCACGUGGUUGAUCACGGCGGCAAUCUUGUGGAUGCUGCGUCUCUUGCAGCUAUAGCGGCUCUCAUGCACUACCGGAGACCGGAGGUUGCAGUAGAGAAGGGGACUGAGCACAAUGGUGGCGUCACUGUGUACAGUGUAGAUGAGCGUGCUGCGGUCCCGUUGAGUCUUCAUCACAUUCCUAUCUCCAUUUCAUUUUGCUUUCUGCAACCAGCUGCCAAGAUGCAGGGUUCACAUCGAAGUGAUGACGAUGUUGAUAUGGAUGGUAAGCAUAUCAUCUUCAUGGAUCCGACUGACCGAGAAGAACGUAUUACGGACGCGCGUAUAAGCUUUACAUUCAACUCGUUCCGUGAGCUUUGCGCCGUGCACAAAAUCGGCGGGGCUGCCAUUUCUCCGACUAUCGUGCUGAGCUGUGCAAAUGUGGCGGCAGCUCGUGUUAUUGAGCUGACGACAUUCCUUAAAGAGGAGGAAGAGAAAGCAGACAAAGAGGCUGUGCAGCGUCGGCGCGCAUUGCUUCGAGGUCGAGCGUUCGUCGACGUAUCUUCAACAGUGGACGAAGCUAGCAUCAAGAGAAGCGUUGAAACGGUGGAUCUUGGCGCUAUGACAGAUUUUUCGGUCCUGCAUGCUCCGAUUGCACUGCGAGGUGAUCCUACAAAGGAGGAGGUCACCCAGCAGGUGACGUCAAUGGCGGAAUUGCUGGAGUCGCUUGAGACUGCUGCUGACCUCGCAAAGGAGAAGCUGGUGCAAGCAGCUACGGGUCUUGCAAUGACUGAUGCGGCUCGAAGUGAAUUUCGCCGACUUGCUGGUAGCGAAAAGGUACAAAAUUUGAUCCACGGUGGCGAGGAGGAGCAGCCAAGAUCUUUCCAAUCUGCAGCUAAGCAACUUGUAGCGGACAAUGACAGUGACAGUGAAGAAGAGGGUGGUGUAAUCCAGAGCGAGUUUGGCACAUCUUUGCAAAUGGAGAGAAGUGCGUGUGUGAAGACGAGCAAGAAAGAAACAAACGGAGAGGCAGUGCAGAGCUCUGAUGAAGAUGAGGACAUGGAUCUUAGUGCCGCCGUCAAGCGAAAGUUUAAGUGA